UACAAUAGGAUGGCCGCUCUCAGGUUUCUCUCUGCUAAAACUAUAAAUCCAGUGAAACAGACUUGAGACUUGAAACUUGAAAUUGGUAAUACUUGAAACAUAAACAAUUGAAGAAUGGCGUAUGAGUGGAUUUUUAAAGCUCGAGAGCCAUUAACAACUCAAACUCAACUAUACUGAAUUUGAUGACUUGUGAAAUCUAGAAUUUAUUUGAAAAGCGAAUAUUACAUGUGCCACAAUGAGUGAAAGUUUAGAAUCACAAAGUAAAGAUAACAUCACUUCUGUUAUAACGGAGCAGGAACGUGAUUUGGCUCAAAAUGCAUUGUCAGAAUUUGAAAAAGGUUUCUAUUCCUCUUGCUUAACAGCGUUAAGUAAGUUGGAAAGCCUUAGACCAACAGAUCUCAAGAUUACUCACAACAAGGUAGUUGUAGAAUAUUAUAAAAGUGAAUUGAGAAAGACUGAAUUGAUGCGAAAAAGUUUAAAUGCUAUAUGUGGCCAAAUAUCAACAACAGAUUAUAAUGAAACUAUUGAUGACAUUGAAAAAUGUGUCAUGAGAUAUAAUCAAGCUGUGUUACUUUAUCAUACCAAGCAAUAUCAGGCAGCAUUACAGAUCAUGAUUAGACUUUUUGCUUUUAUCGAGCCUAUGGAGGAAAGUUUAGCGCACAAAGUCUGUCUGUUGUUGAUCGAAUUAUACUUAGUAACAGAGCAACCAGAUUCUGCUCUGUCAAUAUUACAUUACGUAGAGAGUCAAUUUAUAUCUAUGGAUAGUUGUAAACUAUCUGUUGACAAAGAGAGUGUAAUAAAAUCUGUUAAAACAGAGCAAAAAGAACAGAAAAAAGAUAUUAACGAUAUAGCAAAUAACACAUUCAAGAUAAAACUGUUAAAAUGUAAAGCAAGAAUAUAUCUUCUUACACAUCAACUAAAGCUCUGUAAAAAAGAGUGGAAGACAUUAGUUUCAUUGGGAACACCAGUGAACAAUUCUACAAUUAUGUUGAAGGCUAACAUUGAAUACUUGCGAGGAAAUUAUAAAAAAGCAAUAAAAAUAUUAAAUUCUACAUCAAUUGAAAAUUUGGAUUUCAAAGUAUGCGGAGAAUCUUCAGCGGUUUUCUAUUAUAACAAUAUAGCAUGCUUGCAUCUUGCAAUGGGUAAGCCACAUUUGGCCGGUGUUUAUCUCACAAAAGCACUGAAAGAGAAUAAAACUGCAGUAGAGAGCAUGCAAGUCAAAGACAUAGAUCCUUUGUCUUGUCAACCGUUAUACACGCUUGGUGGAAAUAAACAUUACGAGUUGAUGUACAGUUUGGGGGUAUCCAAGUUACAUGCUGGCAAAAUAUCAAUAGCUUUUGAAUGCUUCACAGAAGCAGCACAAAUGUUACACAAUAAUCCUAAAGUUUGGCUCAGAAUGGCAGAAUGUUGUAUCUAUAAUUAUAAACAUUCAAAUGAAAUUGAUUUUGAUAUUCCAAAACGACGCAGAGAUUUGGUACAAGAUAUUAUAGGUUCUGGUAUCCACAAGAAAAUUAUACUAACUCCACGUCUUUCAAAGAAUGUUUAUCAUUCGGAAGGACUAUCUUAUGCAAUUCCUCAGCCAACAUUGGAGUUUGCGUCUUUAUGUCUAAAAAAUGCAUUAUUUUUACUACCGUGCAAUAGUGAGCCAAAUNUACCUAUAACAACUGUAACACAAACAUCAUUAUUAUCAUCAAAUCAUAAUCUAGGCGUUCAACAUGCAACAUUAAUGUCCCAAGCUACGAGUGUCGAAUCUUUUAAUUUAAAAAUUAGUGUAUUAGCAGCUAGCGCGUACGUCUCUUUAUGUCUCGGAGAUUAUAUACUUUCUCUUGAACAUUCAAAGGCAUUACUAAGUUUCAGUAAAUUGCCUGGAGCUUAUAAAAUGUUAGGUAACUUAUACGCCGCAGAAAGUUUGAUUUUUAUGGACAAAAUAAGCGAAGCACUUGAAUAUCUUCAACCAGAAAAUCUUCAAGAUUUAAAUACAUUUAUAUCCGUGCCAGAUCAAGAAAAGGAUAAAGAAAAAGUGGAAGAAGUCGUAACAAAACCUAUAAAAGCAUGGUACCCCACAACAGUUUCGACCGGUAUUGCUAUAUUUCGUUACAACUUAGCUGUAGCUUACGCUAUACGAGGUGAACUAGACAAGGCGGGAGAAAUGUUGAAACAGGUGUGGAUGUCGAAAGAGCCAGACUGCGACAUACCUGUACAAGUGAUAAUGCUAGCCUUGUACAUAGAAUUACAAUUAGGUCAUGCAGAUGUAUCAAAGUCGAUAAUAAAGCAGCAUUGUCCACAAUAUCGUUAACACAAUUACAAGCUACAUAUAUAUAUGUAGGUCUUAUAAUAAGCAAACUCGAAAAAUACUUGAACAUGAAAGAUACCGUUUAUUUAUAAUUCAUAAGAACGAUCAAGUAAAUUUACAUAGGAAGGACACUUUGAGUAAAAUAUAUUUAUACUGUUACUUUAUAUUCGAACAUACCAAAAUCUGGACAAAGUAACCAAAGAAAAUAAACGAUCAGCUUUUGCCAAUUAUUAUUAUUGUAGUGUUGCUCGAAUAUAUUACGCUCGCACGACGAUCUCUAUCAGAAAUUUAAAACGAUCUCUAUCAGAAUUACUAAAACGUUUCUCCAAGCGAAAGCUUGUGAAUACGCGUCGUUUGCUACUGACAUUCAUACAUGUACUCUUGAUGUACUCUUUAUAUGUGUGCGUGUAUGUAUAUUCGUGUACACGUAAAUAAGCGUACACUGUUCGGAGAAAAAAAUAAUAAGCUUAAAAUGAAACGUGCAUUAAAUACAAUUUUUCUUUUAAUUUCCUUCUAAUUUUUAAUCUAACGCGAUUCGUUUAAUAAACUAGUAAAGUACAAACAGGAGUUCGAUACGAGAGUAUAUUAAGCUCAAGUUUACAUACUUGUUACAACUAUGCUCUUGUGAAAACGUGGUAUGCUCAACUUCGCGACACAUAAAACUUGCUAGUCAUUCUGAACUUUCACACACACAAAUUCAGAAAUGUUUGUUGCAUCUGUUUAAUUCUUAAGCAUCAGCGCGGAGUGAUUGUGUACAUCUGCUAAAGAAUCCUCAUCUUUGGCAAUGCUCUGUCACGAUGUUAUAUUGCAAGAAAUAUCAAAUAACAAAGAUAAUAAUAUAUGUUAGGAAUAAAUCAAAUAAAUAAAUUACAUAUAUACUCUCUUGCACAUACGUAGAUUUUCAUAGUCACAUAAUAAUCAGUUUUUUCUUUUUAGAAUAUAUCUUGACAACAAUUUAUGCGAUGUAAAAUAGCAUUUGCCAGUAUUUAAGAGUUUUUGUAUUAUAAAUUUCACUCAUCAGAGGUAAAAAAAAAAAAAAAAACCUACUUUUUAUACAUA